AUCAUCUCGAAUGUAUGCCAAAAAUUACAUCCCCAACACCACCAUCACAGACAAACUAAAUUAUUAACCAAUCAGAAACAAAAUAGUAUUUCUGUUGACUAAGUGGCAUGAUUCCAAAAAUUAUUAUCCAAUCAAAAAUUAACAUUUUUUAAUAUUAAUUAACCAAUAGGAUUUCUGAGUAUGGUACUGUACCCAACUAUAAAAACAGAAUAAUUGAGUCAACUUGGUCAGUCUCAAACAUACACGGUUUUUUUGUUGCUAUCUGUUCUGUAAUACAACUUGCUUCAGAAUGGUAUGUUUUCAUUUGGACCCAUCAACUAAUAUAUGCUUUCCAGAGGGAAUGUAUUAGUGUACAUGUUGGUCAAGCUGGAGUUCAGAUGGGCAAUGCUUGUUGGGAAUUGUAUUGUUUGGAACAUGGAAUUCAAGCUGAUGGGCGAAUGCCGAGUGAUAAGACUGUUGGGGGUGGAGACGAUUCCUUUAAUACUUUUUUUAGUGAAACUGGCUCAGGAAAACAUGUUCCAAGAGCAGUAUUUGUAGAUUUAGAACCCACUGUAGUAGAUGAGGUUCGGACUGGCACUUAUCAUCAACUCUUUCAUCCUGAGCAAUUGAUUACUGGUAAAGAAGAUGCUGCAAACAAUUAUGCACGUGGUCAUUACACAAUUGGGAAAGAAAUUGUUGAUUUGGUGUUAGAUAGGAUUCGUAAACUUGCCGACCAGUGUACCGGUCUUCAGGGGUUUCUGAUAUUUCAUUCAUUUGGUGGAGGCACUGGUUCAGGUUUCACAUCUUUGUUGAUGGAACGAUUGAGUGUUGAGUAUGGAAAGAAAUCGAAGCUUGAAUUUUCUGUUUACCCUGCUCCACAAAUUGCAACUGCUGUUGUUGAACCUUACAAUUCUAUUUUAACAACGCAUACAACUUUGGAACAUUCGGAUUGUGCAUUUAUGGUUGAUAAUGAAGCAAUAUACGAUAUAUGCCGUCGUAAUUUAGAUAUUGAACGUCCAACUUACACGAACUUAAAUCGUUUAAUUGGUCAAAUAGUGAGUUCUAUUACAGCUUCUCUGCGUUUUGAUGGAGCUUUGAAUGUUGAUCUCACUGAGUUUCAAACGAAUUUGGUCCCUUAUCCACGUAUCCACUUCCCAUUGGCAACAUAUUCACCUGUGAUUUCAGCUGAAAAAGCAUUUCAUGAACAGUUUAGUGUUGCUGAGAUUACUAAUGCCUGCUUUGAGCCAGCGAAUCAAAUGGUAAAAUGUGAUCCUCGUCGUGGUAAAUACAUGUCCUGUUGCAUGUUGUACCGUGGUGAUGUUGUUCCAAAGGAUGUGAAUGCAGCCAUUGCUACCAUUAAGACAAAACGGACAAUUCAAUUUGUUGAUUGGUGCCCUACUGGCUUUAAAGUUGGGAUCAACUACCAACCUCCUACAGCGGUUCCAGGUGGUGAUUUAGCAAAGGUGCAACGUGCUGUUUGUAUGCUAAGCAAUACAACAGCAAUUGCAGAAGCCUGGGCCCGUUUAGAUUACAAAUUUGACUUGAUGUAUGCAAAACGUGCAUUUGUCCAUUGGUAUGUCGGUGAAGGAAUGGAAGAAGGCGAGUUUAGUGAGGCUCGUGAAGAUCUUGCAGCUUUAGAGAAAGAUUAUGAAGAAGUUGGAGUUGAUAGUGUUGAGGGUGAAGGUGAAGGUGAUGGAGAAGAAUACUGAAUAAUUGUGAGAUGUUACCCAUUCCUAAUAAAUUUAUCUCAACAACUAGGUGGUUUUCAGAUUCUUCCAAAAUGUGGGGCUCUCAAUAGAGUUUCACAUCUCAAUGAUAGUUUACUAAUACAGUUGCUGAUCGGUAACUUAUCUUAAGGAAAGUAGUUUGGUUAUUCCGACGGUAAGCAUAAACACGUAGGUGUGUGGGCCUUUCGUCCGACGGUGGUACACUCAGUAAGCGAGGCACUAGACACACCAUCAAGGAAGAUUCCGUUAUUUUGUUUCUGACCAUCUCCAAUGAUGGCACGGUUAAGUCUUCACCAGCGGUUUAAGAAGC